GGAAGUUACAGUCGCACAGAUGUCAAAAUCAAUGAAACUUUUCUUUUUUACUCCUGACAACUUGGUCCUGUUUGUCAAUCUCAAACUUUAGGGGGGGAAACGGCUUCAUGACUGCAAUGAAAGAGCAAUAGCUUGGUCAUGGUUUGCGUGUGUCAGGGGGGUAAAAUGUUAAUAUUGCUGGUGAUUUUGACCGUGUUGUUUCCACGUGGAGACGCGUCUCUGCCGCUGGUGAUCAACACCUGGCCGUUCAAACACGCGGCGGCUGCAGGCCUACGUAUUUGUGUCCCUGCAGCGUGGAGCGCCCUGCGGUCCGGCGGCUCCGUGCUGGACGCCGUGCAGGAAGGCUGUUCCCGCUGCGAGGCGGAGCAGUGCGACGGCAGCGUGGGCUUUGGCGGGAGCCCUGACGAGUCCGGAGAAACCACGCUGGACGCCAUGAUCAUGAACGGUAAUUCAAUGGAGGUGGGUGCAGUAGCAGAUCUGAGGAGAGUCAAAAAUGCCAUUGCAGUGGCGAGAGCCGUGAUGGAGCACACGGAACACACACUCCUGGUGGGAGAGUCAGCCUCGGUGUUUGCUGAAAACAUGGGCUUUGUUGCAGAAGACUUGACUACCAACACAUCUCUGAACAUUUUCUCACAGUGGCUGAGGGGCAACUGCCAACCUAAUUAUCGAAAGAACGUCAGUCCGGACCCUCUGCAGUCGUGUGGACCCUACAGGCCGAAGGCGUCACGGACUCAGAGCCAGCGAGGGCGGCACACUAACGCACGCUCGCACGACACCAUCGGCAUGAUUGCUCUGGAUCAGAACGGUCACGUGGCUGCUGGAACAUCCACCAACGGACUAACCCACAAGGUUCCAGGCCGCGUUGGAGAUUCUCCCAUCGCCGGAGCAGGAGCUUAUGCAGAUAGUUCAGCAGGUGCUGCUGCAGCCACCGGAGAUGGAGACAUCAUGAUGCGCUUUCUCCCCAGCUACUUGGCCGUGGAGCUGAUGAGAGCCGGGACGGAUCCCUCAGACGCCUGCAAGUCGGCCAUUUCCAGAAUCAAGAGGCAUUACCCAGAGUUCUUCGGGGCCAUCAUCUGCGCUAACACAACAGGCCAUUAUGGUGCAGCGUGUAACAAAGCCGCGGGUCUCUCACAGUUCCACUACAUGGUGUCCAGCUCGGAGUCCGUCACGCCCGUCCUGACGGCUGUGGACUGCUUUUAAGUGAACUGUAAAAAUCUGUCGGGUUCUGUGGAUUUUACUUGUCUUUCUGCAUUUUUUUUUUUUACAGAUUUUUUAAAAUAAUGGUUUAAAUUCUCCAAAUCCAUACUCCAAAUCUCACAUUAUCAAAAGCUGUUUCUCUAGAUUUUUAAAAGACAUUUUUCAUCUCAUUUAAUUCACAUUUAAAAAAGGUCACAAGUUUUCUUUGUUGAUUUUUUUUGUUGUUUUUCUUCUUUUUGUUUUUUCUCCGUCAAGUUUUUAGGGUUUUUUUUGUUGAUGAUCUGUAACUAUGUAGUCUAACUUUUUUUGUUUUUUGUUUAUAGUUUUCGUCGUGUUUUUUUUUUUUUUUUUAAAUUACUGUUUUACUUCCUAAAUUGAGGGGAGGUCCGCUGUAAUAAGCCUGUUGGCAUUUUGACCUCUCCUGUCACAUUUGUUUUACUAUUUUGAUUGUAAGUGUUACUUUUAUUGUGUGCAAACUAAUAAAAUAAAAAUAAAAUAAAAAAUAAAUGAAUUUAAUUUGAAACAAAUCUGUUAAAUUCUAGUUGGUGCCGGUUUUAUCUGUGUAGGUGUUGUUUCCAACAGCCACCUGCCUGGCGCCCCCUGCUGGUAGAAACGUGUGGCUACGACGCAA